CCCCCACGGGUGUAAAGAGGAGGAACAAGAUGCCUAACCCCGGAGAGGGGACACCCCCCAGUGACUGCAGUGAGCCAGAGAGCGUGCCCUAUAGGCCCGGGAAAGCGAGGCAGGCCCAGGAGAGCCAUGAUGGGGACGUGCCCAGCCUCUGCCCACCACAGCUGCCAACGUCCAGCCCUCCACGAGUUCUCUCCAUGGCAGAAUUACUAGAAACAGCACAAGAAGUUUCCAAAAUGACCAUUGCACACGAGAUUGUGGUGAACCGUGACUUCAAGUUGCAAGAGGUCAACUUCUCACCAAACAGCCUGGAAAGCCGAGUGAAGGAGACAUUGCACAAAGCUUUCUGGGACAGUCUGAAAGAACAGCUCUCUGCUAGUCCACCAGACUACACACACGUGAUCCAACUGCUGCAGGAAAUUAAAGAGACCAUACUGUCACUGUUGCUGCCACGGCACAGCCGUCUGCGGGGCCAGAUCGAAGAAGCCCUGGAUAUGGAGCUGAUUACACAGGAGGCUGAGCAUGGGGCUCUUGACAUCCCCAAUCUCACCAUGUACAUCUUAGGUACAAUGGCGAUGCUGUGUGCACCUAUCCGAGACGAGGAAGUGCAGAGACUACGGGGUGUGACAGACCCAGUUCAGCUGCUCAGGGAGAUUUUCCGGGUGCUAGACCUGAUGAAAAUGGACAUGGUGAAUUUUACCAUCCAGAGCCUCCGGCCCCACCUGCAGGAUCACUCCAUCCAAUAUGAGCAGAAGAAAUUCCAGGAGCUCCUUGCCAAGCUGCCCAACAGCCUGGAUCACACAACUGAGUGGUUACACAAAGCAGCAGCAGAAGUCUCUGCAUCUUCUUUGUCGUCCCCAUCCCAUCCUGAGGUCCAUGGAUCACCUGCUCCACUCUCAUUGGGGGCUGUCAGCAGGAGCUCAUCUACACCAAGUCCCAUGUCUGUGUUAAAUCAAGGAUACAUGAAUCUACUCCGCUGGGAGCCAGGCCUAGAGAAAUACCCUGAGACUCUGUUGAUGGACCAAGCCCGGCUGCAGGAGGUACAGUUGCAAGUGAAUCAGCUAACAAUCAUAGCUGCAGUCCUGCUAGUGUCCAGCAGCGUGUGUGGAAGCGCCUUGUUCAGCUCGCCUGGGUUUGUAGAUAGGCUGAAACGGGUAACAAAGGCCCUCUUGGAAGGGCUCCCUCACACCAGGUUUCGAGAAGCUUUGCUGGACAUCAGCAAUCAUGUGCACCAGGAAGUUAGUGAAUCUCUCUUGCAACUGGGUUACCCUGCUUUCACCAGUGACAAAUCUGCUUCCCUCAAAGGCCAGAUAAGGAGCAUCGCCGAGGACGACAAUGUGGUGCGGAGCGUAAUUGAGCAGCGGAUCCAUUCAUUUCUCAGCCUUCAUCUGUCUCCUAGUGCCCAGAACUCUCGCAGUCUCCCAAAAGGCCUUGCUCCAAUUCAGGAAGAACUGCUGGAAGUUGGUCACAGGUUGGGCAGUGUGAUUCAUCACAACAGGCAGGUGUAUGGACCCUACUACCUGGCAAUUCUAAAAAAGAUUGUUCUCCCAGGGGCAGAGCCAGAAGCAGGAAUAGAUUCUUUCUAAAACUCUCACAGAAAGCACCACAUGCACUGGGGCCAGAGGGGAGAAGGACUCCGCUAGUUUUCAGAAUCAUGCUUGGGCUUGUAAAGUCUGUUGCAGCCAACUAAACAGCUGUCCUUUUCUGUGCAGCAGCAUCCAAAGCACUUCUGCAGCUGGGCCACCAUAGCUGCUGGGGACAGUUACAUAAAUACCAACCACCACUUCCCAGUUUGUCUGAAUAAACCUUUAAACUAAAAAAAAAAUUGACUUUUUUCAUACCUGCCGUUAAUUGGUCUCAUUACUUGGGGAGGCAGUGAAACAUUGAAUAAAUAUGGCAAGAUAGCCUAGAUGGAUUUCAUGUUGCAAUGCAUCCUGUGAAUUUGAACCCCGAUUUUUUUCCUGCCUUGGUAUUAACUGUGGGUUUUAGCCUGCUUUCCAGACCCCUCUUAGUAUCUCAUCCAGGGAGAGGGGAUUGGAUUAAGAUGCGUUGUGUUAAUGACAGAGCUUACUUUCUAAUGUAACUGAUAUACUCUUCAGUGUUAACUUUAAAAUCUGGUUUACUUCAUAUGUGCCAUCUAUACUAGCUCAGUUUAAUCCCCCAUGGAUUUAAUAUUUUUGCAUUCAAAUCUAUUGUAAUCAGUUCCUAAACUUUAACAUGCAUUGUUAAAUGUGGGUCUUUUCCUCCAUCUCCUUUAAACUAGUGAAUUUAAUACGUUGAAGCUUCAUUAGUAAUAAACUUUCUUUCUACUGGAGCAAUACUGUGCUAUCAGAGCUUCCAGGGUCUUUGAUGUUCUGUUACAAUUGUAUCUUAAUAUCAAACUAUUGAUGUAGUACAGCAAGAAUUGCUUUGGCAGCUUUGUUGCAGGGAGUUGGCAGUUGAACUGUGUAAGGAUGCAUAGGUUAUGGUCCUGCCAAUCCACUCACCCUCCAUGCCACAAGUUACCCAUCUGUAAAUGUGGGAUGGGGUGGAGGGAAGGGAAGAUAACUAGUUUUCUUCAUCCUUGGUGGGGGAGGAUGAGAGGUGCUGCUAGUAUGGGC